AUGAGCAUUGAUUCUCCGGAAAAUGAGCCAAAUGGCAUUUUAUCGCAGUCAAUUAGCACGUUGCAGGCAUAUCUUGACGAGAAUAUAUGUACGAUAACUGAUGAGAAUUUCGACAAGUUGUCAUCAGUUAUUAACGAGUUCGAGCAAGACCCAUCCUUACUCAUAUUCAGUAGCAAUGGGGAGAAUAGGCUAUAUCACUAUGUCGAAUGCUUGACGCUCGACUUGGAACUUGCAGAUAGUAAGGGUAUACUCCUACGUUCCAAAGUAUUUUACAACAUGUCAAAGCUAGUUACGUGGAAAAGAAUAGUGACCUAUCUUCCAACUACGAUCUAUCAAUUGCCACACUUGUUGGCACUUCUACCAGAAGUAGCUACUAGAGGCGAGGAAAGCUGGUACAUAUCCUACAUGAUACUAUCAUGGAUUUACACUGUGGUGUUGUCACCAUUCAAGCUGGAGAAAUCCUGCAAUGAAAUAUACCAUAUUACAGCACAAUAUGAAACAUUUCAAUCUUUGAAACCUAUCGUGAGCCGUAUCCAUUCUCAGCUGCUCAUAAAGAACUCUGAACUUUUCAAUAGCAUGAAAGAUGAGCUGGAUCCACUUACAAUGAAUUAUCUCUUGAAAUCUGCAUCUGCGAAGCACCUGUUUGAUCCGGAACUGGUUGUCAAAAUUUGCAAGAAAUAUCUUGAAGAUUCGAGUUCUGGUACGCUAAUGAAUUUGAAAUUAUUGCCAAAGCUAUUCAAAAUGAGCGCUCUUUCAGAAAACUGGGCCUUGAUGGAAGACAUCAUAUCAUGGUUUUUAUCCAACAUGAAUAACAACUUCACACGUUUCAGAUUCAAGUUAGCGCACUCCUUUGCUGAGAUAAUUCGCUGUUUGAUCAGCGAACUACAUGAAGAGGGAGCUGCAAAAGAGAUCAUCGAUGCUCGUGUUGAGGAUUCAGUCAAACUGCUUAGUUCCCCCUCAUCCUGGGACUUGUUGGACUCAGAUUUUUUGCACACGAAUCUUUUAGUCAUUGCAGAGCUAUCAGGUGUCAUAACUAAGCAUUGGCCAGAAAUGAGUAAGCGCAUCUCUGAUCAUAUUAUCCCACAGGCAAGCAAAUUUCAGCAAUUGAGACUUAAUAGUAUAAAAGGCUCACAGAUAAAGGAUGCUUCAAAUUUCAUCUGUUGGUCAGUAGCGAGAUCCAACAGAAAUGGUGAAGUUCUCGACAGGAAAGUUAUGACUAAUAUAUAUUUGAACUUACUGAUGUGCUCCAUAUUUGAUCGUGAUCUAAUGGUGCGAAGAUCGGCAAAUGCUGCUUUGCAGGAGGUUCUGGGAAGAUACAUAUCACCCAUGAAAAUUUUGGACAAUCGGACUGUUUUACGAAUCAUUGAACUGCCAAUAAUAAAUUUAGCAGCAUCAUACUCCGAAAAUGUUUUGAAUGUUUAUGAAAUACUUUUAAGAACGAAUUCAUCUGAAUACUUUUUGUCAUACUUUGCUGAUUGGGUAGUUGAUUAUAAUUUGCUAGCAAAUCAUGAUCUGCUUGUUGUUAGAUUGACAAUUGAGGCCCUGUUUCAGCUAUUAUCGAAAUAUUCGCGGUCUGCUGACGGUCGUGUCACAGCUAAACUUCGUUCGUCUAUAAAUUGUGCAAUUGAAUUCAGAAAGCCAUUAACAUCAAUAAAGCUUCUGUCACUUCUUAUAAUGUUGUGUGAUAAAGAUAUUGAUGUUUCCUUGGCGUCGCAUUCCAAUAUGGACAAGCUGUAUGAGAUCUAUGUUUCAACUUUGAAAUUCAGUCAUAACCAAAUAAAAACUAAUCUAUUUGGAUUUUCAGUCAUGUUGAAAUACUGGAUACUUACUAUAGAGAAAUUUGGAACGUUUACUAUGAACGAAAAAAAAAGUGAGCUGUUUUUCCGUAUCAUGCGUGUCAUACCGGAUGAAGAUAACCAAAUGGCAAUUUUUGUCCCUCUUGUUAAGCAGUUCGUUCUCAGAAUAAGUGCAGAUGGUCAAGUUUGGAGAAGUUCUGGUGAUAAAACAAAGUUCUGGUCAAAAUUUGAAAGUUAUGUUCGCAUCAACAAUACAUUGAUUUCUUCAGCUCUGCCAGAAUUAACACCGACGAGAUUUUUAAAAAUUUUCUAUGCCGUACUUCCUUCACUAGAUUGCGCAAGAAAAUCGCAGGUGAUUGAUUCAUUAGCUGACCGUUUACCUGUCGUUGUAACAUAUGAUCACAGCGUACUAACUACUAUUGCUGGUCUACUAAAUGAUUAUACAAUUACCCAACAAGGUGAUGUUGGUCGCUAUGUUCGUAUAAGUUCAGCAAAGCUAGUUGCACAAAAUAUAGAGUUAUUUUCUGGAAGGCAAAAUGAACAUUUGCGGAAAGUGAUUAUUCUUAGCUUGAUGCGACUUUCCGCAGAGCAAGUCAAAGAUCUGAAGGUGAUUUGCUUUGACAUUUUAUGCAGGCUGUUUGAUUAUGAUAUUGAAAUUAACAAAAAGAAAAUAAACUCACAAUUGCUUGAAUUCCAACACUUGAUAUUUAAAGGACAUUGCACAGAAUUUUGGCAAGGAUAUCUUCUAUCUGGCGGUGCUAUCCAUUUUUCUGAUGCUGAGGUUACAAGUUUGAUUGAUGAUUUCUUGAAACACUAUUAUUUCGUUCUAGAAGAGCAAGACAGACUAGACUUGUGCAACUGUUUGAUACGAGUAAUUCCAUCAGCAAAGGAUAUCAUUGAAUUUCAGCAGGAUGAAAAUAGAAAUGGAAAGACAAUAUCAACAAGACAAGAUAUUUUAAAGACGGCAAUUUCUCAUUUGACAUUUUGGUUGAGAAUAAUGGAAUCUGGAAUUGAAAUUGAUUCAAGAUUUAAUUUUGAGGGUGUGUAUGCAAAGCUUUAUAAUCUGCAUCUGCUAGACAAUCAUCUCUUGAGGAUAAGCGUCAUAAAACUAUUUCCACAUCUAAUUACUUCCAGCUGCCCUUCAGCGCCUACGGAAAAUAGCGGAUUGACAGAUUCGAUCAUCAAACGACUUUUAAUGCUACUGCAGAGGGAGUGCCUAUCUAGCGGGGAAAAAUCACCGGUUUUGCGGAAUACAAUUUUUGAAGCUCUGGCACAGAUAUAUCUUCACUUCAAUGCGGAGUCUCAUCUAGCAAAGAUACGAACUGCUAGUACGACAAAGCAAGGUGUAAUGCAGCUGUCAGAAUCAGAAAUGCUUAUAUAG